AUGGGGGUUGUAAAAUUUGACGACACCCCUAGUAAUGAGAACCUGUUGCCAAAUCAUGGUGAUCAAGGGGUAAAUGCAGUUGGGGAUACUGGUAUGAGAAGGAUUAAAGAGGGCGUGGCCGAGGUGAGAACGUCGAUGAAAAUGAUUUGGCAAGAAAUGGUGAAAAGAGAGAUGAUAAUCUCUAAAGAAAGGAAUAGAGGAGUGAGGGAUUCCUGCGAGUUCCAUACUGAGGAGAGGCACGAGAUCCAGGAAUGUGACGAGUUUAAGGCCUUGGUACAAAGCCUUAUGGAUAAUAAGGAGCUGGAAUUUUAUGAAGCUAGCUUAGAUGAGGGACGUAUAUGCACAUUAGAAGGUGGACCAAAGAAUCAAAACUGGCCAAGGAUCAUUAUUUCUUUACCAAGAAAUAAUGAAGUUGAAAUACCAACAGUACCGAAAGUCAUUAUUCAUAAACCUGUUUCAUUUUCUUAUAAGGAUAACAAGAGGGUACCUUGGAAUUAUAAUUGCAAUGUGACAAUGCCGGAGAAUGAGGAUAUAGCUGGUGCUUCUGAGGAGAUUCAAGGUAAGGGUUCUUACACACGUAGUGGGAAGCAUUAUGAUACAGAAGGCGUCAGAGUUGAGUACGCAAAAGCAAAAGCCUUUAACAAAGGAAAAGGGGCUGAAAUACUGGUUAAUGAGCCAGUGAAGGAAAAAGAAGCCAAAGAGUUUCUAAAAUUCUUAAAACACAGUGAGUACAGCAUGGUUGAAUUGCGCAAACAACCAACUCGCAUAUCAGUAUUGUUUUUGCUCUUAAGCUCAGAGGUACAUAGGGAAGCAUUGAUGAAGGUGCUCAAUGAGACUUACGUUACUAAUGAUAUAUCCGUCAAUAAGUUGGAUCGAUUGGUUAGUAACAUAAGUGCGGACAAUUUUAUCUAUUUUAAUGAUGAUGAAAUCUCACCUGGUGGCAUGGGAUCAGCAAAAGCUUUACACAUUACCACUCGUGUAAGGGGUAUACGUUGCCGACUAUUUCCCAUAGACAGUCCUCACAUGAAAACAUGCCAUAAUGUAGUGAGAGCAUUUGAUGGUACAGAGAGAAAGGUCAUGGGAAGAAUUGAUAUUCCUUUGAUGAUUAGGCCAAACACUUAUGAGAAAUUGAAGUUAGUAGCUGAUGGACGGUUGGUCACCAUAAAUGCGGAAGAGGACAUUAUAGCGACAGUUACUAGUGACGCACCCUAUGUAGAAGCAAACGAGGAGGCCAUUGAAUGCUCUUUUCGUUCAUUAGAAUUCGUUAAUGCAACAUUCAUUUCAGAGGGGAAUGAGGUGCCAAUACCCAGAAUAUCUAGAACUACAAGAAUGGGUUUACAGAUGAUAAUUGGGAAAGGAGUCUUGCUAGGAAAAGGAUUGGGAAGAUAUCUUCAAGGAAGGAUUCAGAUUCUAGAAUUAAAGGAGAAGAGAGACCGUUUUGGCUUGGGUUUCAGGCCAGAUUACAAGCAGAGGAGGAAGGAAAUAGAGAAGCGUCAAGAAAGAAGAAGAGUGCAUUUAAAUGGAAGAGAAGUAGAAUGGGAAUUGAUGACGUUCUCUCAUAUAUCCUAA